AUGUCCUUCAACUCGCUGAACACGUCUUCGCACCAGCAGCAGUCGCUGGCCAUCAAACGUGAACCCUUCGACUCCUCUGGCAGUGUGGCCAUCAAGUUGGAGUCACUUGAGCAAUCACCCAGCAAGCACUCCUACCCGGCAAUGCAUCAUCUAGGCGGCAACGGCAACUACUGCAGUAGUCCUAACGAUUUGCUCAAGUGCAAGAAGCGCGUCACUAACUUCGCCAAAAUGAACUACAGCCCGUCGCCGCACACGCCGCACCAGCCCUCGGUGGCACGUCGCAAUGAACGGGAACGAAAUCGCGUCAAGAUGGUCAACAAUGGUUUUGCCACGCUCAGACAGCACGUGCCAAAUGGUGCCAAGAACAAGAAGAUGAGCAAAGUGGAGACACUUCGAUCGGCCGUUGAGUACAUUCGACAACUGCAAAAGCUGCUCGGACCUGGCAGCAGUGAGCACAGUUUCUCCCUCGAACAAUUCAGCAAUUCCGAAGCUGCUAACAGCAACUCCGGCGAUGAAAACUGCUACCCCAGUCCAAUGAGCGCCCACCACAUGGAGCACUCCUCUCCCCUUGAGUCCUCUGCUGCCGACCACCACCAAAUGGAACAUCAAAUGAACUACAGCAGCGCCGUUUCCAACCUCUACUCCUCAAUGGCCGAGUCGAUGUACGGUCUGCAGUCACCAACGUCCAGUGAAAACAUGUCCACUGGGAAGCUCAACAACACCUACAGUUUGACAUCACCUUCAGAACGCAUCUCGCCAACCCCUUCAGUGGCCAGCUCUGACAUGACUUCUUCUUCGUCGCCCUACGACAAUCACCCAUUAAUGGAGACCAACAUCGUCAGCAGACAGCAGACAGUUGCUGUAGCACAUGAAGACGAGCUCUUUGACUUUUCCAGUUGGUUCUAA